AUGGGUCCUCCACGCAGAAAGAUGCUGGCAACAGCUGAGGAAACCCUCACACCUCCCGACUCUCUCUCCGACACCCAACAGAUCGUGCGCGCACUCAAAGCCACCGGAAACAACAUCUAUCUGAUCGAACGCACAGACAAGAGCCAGGCACUCGUCGAGUUGCCCGCACGUUUCCGUUCCACGAUCUGGAUCAAGCGUGGCUCCUAUGUCGUUGUCGAUACUAAGGGACAGGAGGAACGGGAUAACAAAAUCCGUGGGGAGAUCGUCAAUGUGGUUAGGGAUGAGAAGGCUUGGAGAAAGGCUCCUUUCUGGCCCAAGGAAUUCGUGAAACAGCCCGCAGUUGUCGCCGCUGCGGACUCCGACGAGGAAGAAUCCCGUGUUGGUCAAAUGCCUUCUUCUUCGGAUGAGUCAGAAUGA